UCCUCCGUGGACCCCAAGUUCCUGAACCUGACCAAAGUUGACGACCAGAUCUACGAGGAGUUCAGGAGAACCUUCAGGGACCUGAAAAUUGACGUCCUGGACCCAGAAGAGCUGAAAUCCGAGCCCGCCAAGGAGAAGUGGCGCCCGUUCUGCUUGGGCUUCCAGGGGGUGGUGGAGGAUUUCAACUACGGCACCUUGCUGCGCCUGGACUGCCAGCAGGGCUACACUGAGGACAACACCAUCUUUGCCACCAGGAUCCAGUUUUUUGCCAUCGAGAUCGCCCGGAACAGAGAAGGGUGGAAUAGUGGGGUGUACAGGCAGCUGGGGACCCCUGAGGGGUCAUCAGGGUGA